GCGGUCUGUUGGGUGGGUGACUGAUAGUUCACUUCCUGUCCUAGUCGGGGUGUAAUGCUCUUAUCCUGGAGGUGGCUGACUUUCAGAGGUUGAGGGGUGAAGGGUUUGGUAUACACAGUACCUCUCUUACUUGCCUCAAUCGUGAGGCGAGGCAUAACAUUUGAUAAAGCCCUUGGAGGAGAGGCAACAAUGAAGGGCAACCACUAACUAAUGGGAGUUAGGAAAGAACUUCUCCUGUGAGCAGGCUUUUCUCUUACAGGGGUUUUGUGCCUGUUCUGAAGAAUCUGAUACUGGCUACUGUUGUACCCAGGAUAGCAAACUAGAUGGGUCAUUAUUGAUCUGAUCUGCCAUCGCAAUCCCUGUGUUCCUGCUAAUAAGAGAAAAAAUCAAAUUUGGUUCAAUUAAGUGAGCAGUGCAGCCCUUGUAUUAGCUGUUCCAUCAUUUUCCUCGCUCCUUGUAUUCCUGUUAGGAGCUUUUCUAUCUGAUUGUCAGCAGCGUGCAUGAUUAAGCCCAGAUGUAACCAGGUAAUAUUCCAAACAUAUUCAAUGUAAUGUUGCUAUUUAAAAGGAAGGCUUGUUUCUGUCCCAUGCGUCACUCAUGCACAAGUUAGUUCUGUUGAUUGCUUGUCAGCUGCUCUCUGUAGGGUCAUGUGUCAGUUGAACAAAGGCAUCCAAGUAUUAAUCCAUUCAUUCUUUACUCUAGGAUUAGAAGAGCAACGUCAACACUGGAGACCACAGGAAACCAUUCAGCUUUGUAUCACACAAGCAAGGACUUAUUCAAGGAACUGUAUCUUCAGCAGAAGGUCCCUAAAUGGGAGCUCCUCUGACAGUAAUCUCUGUGUAGUGAUGACUUUUUGCACAGAUAGCCACUUCAAUACAAAAUAAUAAACUUGAAAUAACCAAUGUAGUGUCUUGAGAUCUGCCUCGUGUAGCUCUUUGUUUCUGAUGACCAUAUUCAUGCUUUCUGAGCUUUCUCAUUCAUUGCAGGCACUAAGAUGGUUUUCCUCCUGUUUGGAACAUUCUCAUAAAGUAGCUUUGUUGGUUCAGUCUCAGAAUUGAUGAACACAAGUUUUGAAGAGACUUUAAUGUUGCCUAGGCUCUGCAAGGUUUCCAUGUAGCUCUUGUGGGAUAAACCUCCAAAAUGAAGGCACUUUAGUGGAUUUACUCUUCAUGUAAAUAAGCCACGAGGAACACUGUUGACAUCAGUAUUUUAACAAAAUCUCCAACAUAUUCAUCACCCAAAGCCAAAACCCACUGAAGUUUCCACUGGAGCCUUUGUGGAACAAUAUAUUUACUGCUGAAAAAAAUGAGUUGUUUGCAUCAGUUGCUUUGGAGGAGAAAGUGCUCCUGAGGGCGACGAGACAUGAUUAAGAUAAUCUGAUGUAAAUGGCCAGCCCCAUUUUAUCAGAACCUAACUCAGCUUCUUGGUGGAACUACUUUUUCCUUUAUGAUGGCUCAAAGGUAAAGGAAGAAGGGGAUCCCACAAGAGCUGGCAUUUGCUACUUUUAUCCCUCUCAGACUCUCCUUGACCAGCAGGAACUGCUGUGCGGACAGAUUGCAGGAGUGGUGCGCUGUGUAACGGAGAUCUCCAGUGCUCCCCCGAGUCUCAUUCGGCUGAGAAAGCUCAAGUUUGCAGUAAGGGUGGAUGGAGAGUAUCUCUGGGUGCUGGGCUGUACCAUCGAACUCCCUGAUGUCAGCUGUGGACAAUUUCUGGAUCUACUGAUUGGACUCUUCAGAUUUUACAAUGGAUCUGUGUGUCAUGCUUACAUGGUGUUUUCUCGGGAGGAGCUGAGCACGCAGUGGGACAGGUACAUCGAACAUAUUCAGAAAAACACCAGUGACCUGCACAAGAUCUUCAAUUCCCUUUGGAACUUGGACAAAACCAAGGUGGACCCCCUGCUGUUACUGAAAGCAGCUCUCAUCUUGCAGACCUGCCAGCGUUCACCCCAAGUGUUGGCAGGUUGCAUCCUCUACAAAGGCCGGAUUGUGAGCACGCAGCUUCCACCUCCUCUCACUGCCAAGGUUCUCCUUCAAGGAACAGAAGCUGCAGACAAGAGUGUUCCUGGAGGCGGGGAGGUGCUGCAGGAACAUGAUCCCCCAUUGCCUCGGGAUGUCUGCAUCGUUCCAGUUUUCCUGACGGAAGGUGAAGCCACAGCACUCCGGGACUUUCCAGUAGAGUGGAUGACUAGGUUGCCCACAUCUCCAGCAAACCCUAAAGGAUCUAAGAACACCCUCCGCUCACGGGCAUUCUCGGAUUCGGCCCGGGUUGAUGAAGUCCGAGGCCAGCAUGCCCUUGUGGUGAGAGAGCCCCCCCCACAGGCCUCGGGCACUGCCAAAGCAAAAGAUGCUCUGAAUCCCCCAGCUGGAGCGCUGAGCCCGGUGUUGAGUUCUACCCCCCUGAAACCAUCCCCUCCAUUGCAGAGAGAGCUGGGAGCCCUGCCCAGCAAUUCCAAACUGCCUGCUGCAGAGUGCACUCGAGACACAGGCACGGCCUCGGGGUCCUCUGACUUUCCAAAGCCUUGUGCCCUCGGGCAGGAGGGUCGAAGCACUAUGGAACCUGUAACCAGCUCUAACACUAGUGAGCGGAUGAAGUCUGAAUGCCGCAGUCUCCAGAGGCGUCACACAGCCAGUGGCAGCCUCUCCACCUGCUAUCCUUCCAAAGAGACGAGGAGAAGCAGCUCAAGCGAACGUGACAAUCUGUCAAGUGUAGACAGUCAAGACAGAACCUUCAGAAGAGGAGAUGGAGCAGCCAGGGAUGACGCUUCUGAGCGGGAGCCUCUGCCCAGUGCUGUAUGGGUGGGGCAGAAGUUCCCUGCUGAAGAUUGUGGUAGGAACCAGUUUCCUGUUGCUGAAGUCCAGGAGAGCCUACUCAGUGGCACUGCAGAAGGCCAAGGCUCUCCCAAGAGCAGAGAGAACGGUUUGCCUACACAAGUAACUACCGGGAUGGACUGUCUAGCAGCAGUAGAUUGCACAGUGUCCGGCAAGCAGGCCAAGCUGGUUAAGAUGAUUUUGUAUGUUCACAGAAUUAAAGGGUUAGUGCUCUUGCUGCUGGCGGAGGAGCAGUUUAAGGAUGACCAGGGGUCCAUUGAAGACGUGUAUCACAGCAGUCUGGCGUCUCUCAAUGGCCUGGAGGUUCACCUGAAGGAGACUUUGCCGAAAGACCAUUCCUCUGCAGCCAAAGCCACCUACAGCUUUACUCACUAUGACUGCAUUCAGAACGUACUCACAGCAAACCUGCCCCAGGUCCUGGGCGCUCAGGAUCAGCACUUCCUGAGAGCUGCUAGUCUGAUCCACGCUGACUUCUACCAACUCCCGACUGCUUCUGAAAUGACAAUCAGGAAUGCCUCCACUGCCGUCUAUGCCUGCCAGAACCCGGUCCAGGAAACGUACUUCCAGCAGCUGGCUACCCCACUGCGCAACUCAGGGGUUCCCAACCCUCAUGACAGUGCGUUCAGCUUACCAGGCAAGGCCAAACAAAAGCUGCUGAAGCACGGGGUGAAUCUACUCUGAGCGUGGUUUGACCUCCUGGAAUGGCCUGCCCAAAUCCACGCCAGAAGAAGCUCUGUCUCUAAUAAGCUAAAACGCCAGGACUUUUAUUCCAUGCCAGCUGCUCUUCAAAGAACCUGGGGGCACAAAGCGUUAUUUGCGUGUUGUAUCCGUGGUUGGUUAAACAGUGAGUAACCCGGAGCCGCUGAGUGCUUAGCCCCUGGGUGGUGGUCUGUAUUGCCAGGUAACCCAGCAUGCGGUGCGCUUGCUAUGGGGCCACUUUGCAUUGUCGAGGGAUGGUGGGAAAUGUUGACUGUUACCAAAGAAUUAAAGAGGCAAAUUAUUGCAGUGGCACAGUGCUGCUCAUGACUCACCCCUGCCUCCUUUAGCGUGACGCACCUGGAGUGCCUUGACUGAAAGCCAACGAUUUGCGUGCUCUCAGCUGCACGUGGUGAUGGGUUGCUGUGCAAUACUUGCUUUGUGAGAUGUCUGUCAGGGACCGAUUCUCGCUGUGGGAUUCCUGUGCCUACGCUCCUAGUCAGUCAGACUUGGAAUUAUUUACACCUCUGGAGCUACGGAAAUGAUCCUGUCACCAGGUAGUGCCUCACCUUGAGUUAACAGUGCUCUGCAUAUUGAAUAGGAGAACAAACAACUCUCUCGCAGUAACAUGAAGCACUUAGGGUUUUAUAAUAGCAAUGUCUGGGAGGUCUCCUAGUCCCUCCAUCUGUCUUCAGCAUUCCUUACUUUGGUGAGCUGCUUAACACUGUCCUUCCAAACUGCCCACCAAGAGCAGAAAACCACUGUCACCUGUAGUCUCCCCACAGCAUCCCUCCCUUCCAUGAGUGCCAUUACGAUAUCAGUUCGCAGGCCUGAACACACUGCACUCACUGCCUGUGGUGCAGGGCCCAGGCUGUGCUGUACCUGCACCCAGGACUUCUCUCUGUCUGCCACUCCUCCUAUGAAGACACUUUUACUGCCAAAGCUGACCUUACCUCCUUGCUUUCUUGCUACCUCCCUGAAUUCAGCUCUACUGUAUUGGCCGAAAAGGCGAGAGCCCAUUAGCUGAUCACACCAAAAAGCUUUACAGCUCCUCUGCAGCUGCCAUCUUUGCUGAAACAAACUGAACUCCAUUUUUGGCAACUUUUUGGAUUGCAUCAGAUUAGCAGUUACGGCAGUGUAGACCUGAGCUACGUGACUGACACCUGUCAUUUCUCUGAGACCAUUUUGUGUAUUUCAAAGACUGCAGCUGCUCUGUGCAUGAACAUCUAUGUGGCAGCUGAAAUAAAAAAGUAAAAUAAAGAGGAGUCCACAGGACUCAUCCAUUCACUACUA